GAAUGGCCCUGAAUGGGGCCCUGCGCCGGCGUCGCUCGAAACGACGCCCGUCGUCGGGCGAUUAGAUGCUGAGACGAUCUCGCGCGUGAUCCACACACACCCCGCCACCUCCCCUAGUCUAUUGUUAUUUUCCGCUCAGUUUACCAGCGUCUCUAUUUUUCGAAUUUCCGGCAUUGUUUUCGCGUCUUCCCGGUGAAAUGUGAGCGCGCCGCGACGCGUACGCGACACCGUCAGGGCGUACGAGGGAUUAUUUUGACGGAAGGACCCUAUACAUUAUGUAAAAAACGUCAUGAGGUUCGUGUGGUGGUCCAUUGUCGCUUUGGCAUUGGCUUUCCUAUGCGUCGUAGAAGAAGCUCGCGCUUUCUCCACCACGAUCGCGACUCCUUCUGAAGACGACGACGACUGGGACGAGGAUGAGUCUUCAGAAGUCGAGGACGAGGGCAAAAUUUACAAGAACCCUAGGAAUUCACCUUCCACACUAUGUCCCAGAGACGAGGAACAAGCUACGCUGCUGGGUCAAAAAUGUUUGAGAAAAUGUUCUUCCGACGAGGACUGCAAGAGCAAGAAGAAGAAAUGCCUGUGCGACGGAGCGUGCGGCAUGUCGUGCAUAAAACCGGAUCGGGAAUGUCCGGAACCCGAGCAAAUCUCCUUUGGUACCGUGACCACCAGCGGCAAAUUAUUUGGUGCGCGCGCAUCUUACGCCUGUCAACACGGAUACCAUGUGGUGGGUCUGCAAAGUCGCACGUGUCAGGCGGACGGACAGUGGGCGGGGCAAGCGCCCGCCUGCAAGCAGAACAUAUAUUGCCUGUCGCCACCGACCAUAGACCACGCAAGACACAACGCUUUACCGGAACAGGCAACCUUCGACUUGGACUCGACACUUCAGUACUACUGUCACACGGGUUACGUAACUAAUGGGUUCCCUAGAGCCAAGUGCUUAGCCAUUGACAACCAAGCGUCUUGGUACGGACCGGACAUCUCCUGCGAGCCGAGAUCCUGUGGUACCCCCACCGACAUCUCUCACGGAUGGCACGCAGGUGAAUGUUACACUUUCGGCUGUCGCAUCACGUACCACUGCGCUGAAGGUUACGAACUGGUCGGCCGUACGGAACGGUAUUGCCAAGCCGACGGUACUUGGACUCCGAAAGAGGUGCCCACCUGUGUUCUUGUGACCGCGGUCCAGUGCCCGCCACCGGAAAAUCCACGCCAUGGUAAAGCCAUCUACACCUCCUGCAGUUACAACUCGGUGGUACGAUACGAGUGCAAGUACGGUUAUACUCUCGUGGGAGAAAGUACUAGGAGAUGCGGCGCAGAUAGGAAAUGGUCCGGAGCUCAACCCGUGUGCAAAGAAAUCAAUUGCGGCCAUCCAGGAAGGCUGUGGAACGGAUGGUUGGAGAACAUCGAAGGUGGAACAGGUCUGGGAGCCUCGAUCAUAUUCCGGUGCCACGAAGGGAUGUUGCUGGAGGGAAACUCGUCGACGGUGUGUCAGAUAGACGGCAAAUGGAGGUAUCCGCUACCAAAAUGUUACGCUCCUUGCGUGGUGCCUCACGUGACGAAAGGUCGAGUUAUCCUGUUGUCGAGGAACGAUACUGCCCCCACAUCGACUGUAGUGACUCAUGGUGAAAUGUUGACCGUCGACUGCGAUCCGAAGUUCGAGUUCCAGUGGACCCACGAGAAAGUAACCUGCAAUAACGGCACUUGGACGCAGAUGCCCAAGUGCGAACCGGCAAAAUGUCAAAGUCUGCCGAAGGCGCCGAGACAUGGAAUGGUAUCCGCCCCGGAAAUGAAACACGGCAUGAAGGCUAAGUUUAGGUGCAAGGAUGGUUACGUGUUGAAAGGUAACCCAUUCGUUGAGUGCUCAUUCGGAAAUUGGACUGGUAUGGUACCUAAGUGCGACGAGGUGUUCUGUCCUUAUCCCGGAUUAGUGGAGAAUGGAAAAAUCCUUCUGGUCGGCAACAUGGGGCUUUACGAUUACCGUCCGUAUGUAAAAAAGGUGGCCAAUAAUAAGCAGAUUAUGUACGAUUGUGAGAAGGGGUACGUGCUGGCUGAGGGACCACCAGGUGCGACCUGUGUGGGGGGUAGGUGGAGCCCAUCUGAACUCCCGAAGUGUUUGCCAGGGGAGCAUCCUAGGUUCCGGUUCAACCGCAGAAGGAGGUCGGUCAAGGACGAGGAAAAGGGUAGCGGUUUCUUAGACGUUUAUAGGAAAAGUGAUGGGCGGUAUUAUCUGAGAAGAUUGAGGAGAGACGUAUCUGAAGACGAGAAAUCUUGCCCGAAUCCUUUGGGAUUCCGAGCUCUCGUAGUGGGUGAAUCGGGUUAUCGCAAGCACAAUCUGGGACGCUUCUCUGAAGGCCAGCUGAUCGAGUUCGUGUGCAAACCUGGUUACAUCCUUCUAGGGCCUUCUAAGGCGAUCUGUAGGAACGGUAGAUGGUUACCCUUUGACAGGCCGAGGUGCGUUUUCGUAGACCAUCGAAACCGCAGAAUUUUUCCUCCAAGAGACAAGCGCUUCAGUGAAUUAGACAGCAUCCUGCGCCACCACGCUUACCUCAAUGAUUCCGACAAGCCGCGCAGUCGCAAACCCAGACUCGUUGAUGUCUACAUCUUGGAACAACUUCGGAAUGCUCUCGGGUACCACCAAAGGACCAAGAGAGGGCUAAAAGGAGGAGGAGGUAGCAGGGCUGUCGGAGGACUUAGUCACAGAGGGUCGAGUUCCCAACAUUCAGUGAGGAGAGGUAACAAAGGCAGGAACCAACUGGAAGACAUUCCUGAUCCAGACAAUGAUAUCACACCAACGAAGAAGCCGAAAGCUAAACAUAGAAAUGGUACAGGUGGAGCGUGCGAUGCUCUUCAGAAUGAACCCUUUGUCAACAUAGAGUUCGUCAAGCACGGGAGAGAUCAGAACGUAUCUUUUGGAUCUGGGACGAUAGUAAAAUUAGCGUGCGGCAAAGGGUACGGGCUCAACAUGGCAGAGAACAAGACGGCCAAGUGUGUCAGGGGAAAAUGGAGGCCCAACAAGCCGGAGUGUUUUAUCUUGCCCUGUUUUGUUCCUGAAACGCCAUUCGGAAUUUACAAACUGGUAGAGGCGGACAAUACUAGCAAAAUAGACACCAUGCAACCACUGAACUCCACUAUGGAGGUUUCGAACGGUUUGGUGGUGGAAUUCAGUUGCGAACCAGGUUAUAGCGUGCAAGGCUCGUCGAACAUGAGAUGCUGGCACGGUGAUUGGGCGGUUACUGCUUUCCCUGAAUGUUCUCCGGCACCUUGUCAACUGCCAAAAAUAACUCACGGGCAGUACACUUCGGGAUAUCGCGCGGGUCUAACCAUCGCUAACGGAUCCUCAGUGACAUUCCAAUGCGACCAAGAUUACAUACCAUCUACCGUUCAGCCGAUAGAGUGCCUACUGGGUGAUCUGUUUCCGAAACACCCUGCCUGCAGGAGAGAGGAUGGUGAAGAGCCACCCGAAACUCACUACUUGGGUGGCAAGGACAUCGUCAAAGGUGGCGACAUCACCGUGAUCGAGUACGGUACCUCUACGGGCAAACCUUGCGGACCUCCCGCGAAGGUGCGUGGUUCUUUGAUCUACAGAAACGGUGAGCCUCUGGUGGAUGACGAAAACAAUUUCCCCGACGGUAGCGAAGUGACCUUCAAUUGCAUCGAAAGCAUAAUGGGUGAGAAAACCACAUGGAAGAUAGUCUGCGAAGACGGUAGCUGGAUCGGGAGAUCUUUGAACUGCGAUAUCGAAGACUUGAUGGCUGCCCAGAUGGUGAGCAGUAACAGUACCUGCGUGUUUCGCAACCAAGAACCGAACGUGGUGUCAUUCUACAACGACCAGAAGAUCAAGGAGGAAGUGGUGGAGUUUCCUGCGGGAGCCGUACUGGUCAGCAGGUGCGUGGACAUUGGGAAAUACGCUAUGGUAGGACCCAACAAGCGAAGGUGUAUGGGAGGUGACUGGGACGGACCUAAACCGGCUUGUUUCGGAUUGAACCAAGAGAACGAUUAUUCCAUGGAGAAGCCUCCGACGAUAUUGUUCAGGCACCAACUCGGUCCGAUAGCUCAGUCCAAUGACGGCAAGCUGAUAGUGUACCCGGGCACCAUAUUGCAUAUGGAGUGUCUGUGGAUCAGGAGAUUCGGAGUACCGAAGUGGACAGUAAGUCACGACUAUAGGAAGUAUCCCGAGGGAUGGACUACAGAUCCUGGAAGGGAUUCACAGUUGGAGUACAGAUUAUCGAUUUUCCACGCAUCUAAGGACGAUUCCGGAUUGUUUACGUGCGUGACCCCGGCGAGGUACACACAUUCCGUGGAAAUCAUUGUCAAAGCGGUGCACUGUCCCGCUAUACCCCAGAGACGUGGCCUGACAGCGAGCACCCAGAGCACUAAAAUGAACACCCGCAUCAAAUUCUACUGCGUUAACGGGAACGCCCUCAUAGGCGCGCCCGAGAUCGUAUGUCUACCUUCGGGGAACUGGAGCGCCCCCUUUCCCGUAUGCGAGAGCAUUGAAUGUGGCGAGGUAGGUGCAGAGCUAGGGCCGCACCUUAAAGUACUGGUAGUGUCAAGGGAAGUGGGGGGGCGAGCGGUAUUUACCUGCGACAGCGGAUAUGGACUGCGGGGACCUGCCGAAACCGUGUGCCAACACACGGGAGAUUGGGCGUCGCCCUUUCCCACGUGCGAAGAGGUGCACUGUGACGAGCCCAAGCCUCCGGAAAAUGGCUAUAUCCAGGGCAAUGGUCCGUAUAAGGCAGGUGACGUGGUGCAGUUCAAUUGUAACCCCGACUACAUGAUGGAAGGCCAACCAAUCAUAGCUUGUCAGGAGAACUCCAGGUGGUCGGGAAAGUUGCCCAAAUGUGUCCAGGCUUGUUCGUAUCCUGGCACUACCAUCAGCGGUCGCAUGUCGUCCGUCAAAUUUUACUACAAGAUCGGCGAGAACAUAACCUUCACGUGCGAGGAGGGUCUAGCGCUCAAGGGAGCAGCUAUGUUGAGGUGCCUGAAGAAUGGGAAAUGGUCGAACGCCAUACCCACGUGCGUUUCUCCCGACGCCAUUCGAAAACGGGAGGUUUCCGAGAACUAGUUUCGUUAUUUCUAUGUUAACUGGUCAUGUACAGUGUGUUGCCUGGGCUUUAGGUACUUAGCUACGCGCUUAAAAUAUCUUUGACGAUAUAUUAUGCUUCAGCUACUGGCUGAUAUAAGGCCGCUGUAAAUACUUUACCAAUCAAUACAUUUGGGGAAAAAUAAAAGUUCAACCCGUCGAUAAUCAAUGCGCAGCUUGGUUACUUGAAUGGGGAAUUUCUCUCUAGCCCUAAUCCCAUCAAUCUUCUAUUUUGUUGAAUGAUUUUGAAAACAUAAGGUGAAUUACAACCAUUCGCAUGAAACUAAAUAAAGUAAAAUUGUAGAAACAUGAAUAUAUUAAAGAAAAAAAUGA